GUUCUGCACGUGGCUGGAGUUCUCGCCUCUUUUUCAUCCACUGGGCUCACAGCGAUCGCUGCAGUUCCCCAGAUUCAGACACAGGGAGGGAUGGAUUGGCAGGGCGACCUCCCCCAUGACCACGCCUUCGUGGACUUUGGGUUCUCGGGCCUGCCUGGAGAUCUGGACAUCCAGCAGAUGCUUCGGGACACUGAGGAGAAGCUGAAGCUCAACGCCUGCUGCAUUGAGCAGUGCCUGAAGGAGCUGCAGGUGAAGCUGGGCGACUCCUGGACGGGGGACAAGGCCCCCACCCCCACCGACUGCCUGCAGUGGUUCAGCCCACGCAGGCUCAGCUUGCUGAAGGCCAACUGCACCGGGCACCAGGAGCUGCUGGACUUUCUCAGAGCCUUGCAACAUUAUUUAAGGACAGGGGCGGAGGGACGGGAGGAGAUGACCCUGCAGCUUCUGUUGAACAUCUCAUCCCAAUGCGGCGUGGCCUUCCCCAACCCCGCCCCCCUGACCGCCCAGCAGCUGGCCACGGGCUCCCCGGUGCACGCGGUGAGGGAGGAGGCGGCGCUGGAGGUGCAGGAGGCGUGGGAGGACGUCAGGCGCCUGCUGCGGCGCCACCUGCUGGACGAGCUGCAGAAGGCCGCGUGCUGGACGGGCGGGGCAUACAAGGAAAGGGGCGGGGGCGAUGUGGGUGAGGCGGACUUCCGGGUACACCAGCGCGUCCGGUGGCUGCAGCACCUCCUCUUCCUCUAUCCAGAGGCCGAGGUCCUGUCCCGGUACCAGGGUCUGCGGGCCAAGGCUGUGCAGGACCUCCUCCUGAGCGCCCAGGCCUCCAGCCCCGCGGAGCCCGGCUUCGACAGGCUGGCCGACAGCUUCCAGACGGCCGCCCCCGCCCUCCGCUGCAUGGUCAGGGAGGACCUGCACGUGCUCAACAGCGUGACGGAGAUGCCCUCCAUCCUGGCCUUCGUUAACCAGGCCCACCUGAGCAUGGUCUCUCAGGAGCUGUGUGGCGUCAUGGAGAAGCUGUGCGAGAACGCCUUGAAAGACAACGCCUCACACCCCAGCAAGGCCGGGAAGACCUCCACCAAGUCCAAGGCUGCAAUCGCUCCCCAGGAGCCCCCCAGGAGAGGGAGGAACUUCUGCCUGACCUCCCACCAGCUGAGGUGUCUGUCGCAGCUCAGCGGCACUCUCCUGGACCUCGAGGAGGGCGUGGAGGAGCUGGUGGCCGAGCUGGGCUUCCUGAGCUGCGCCGGGGAGGCCCCCUGCAGUGUGAGAGGGAUCCUGAAAAAGGUCAAAGAUGACCCAGAAACAGCCACGCGGGACAGCAGCAAAGCCAGCUCAGACAUGCUUCUCCAGGCCCCGGAGGCUUUGGCUCUGGAGUUUGAUUGGAGGUCAGCGUUCAGGGAGCUGGCCCAGCCUAUGGCGCACUGUCUGAAGGUGUUGCUGGAGGACGUGUGCACCAAAAGCCUGCAGCAGGAGGAGGGUGAGCGCGCCUCGGGCUCCGCCCUCAUCGCCCUGGACACCGUGCCCCGGGGCGAGGGGCCGUCCACGACCUGCCCAGAGACGGAGUCCCCAAAGAUGAUCGCCAAGUUCUGCGGUGACAUCAUCGAGGAGCUGGAUGCUCUGUUUCCCCUGGUGCUGGCGUGCCGGGAGGACUCUCUGCUGGACGUCAGGGCCAUCUUCGUGGAGGUCUGCGGCAGGGUGACGUCGGCCGUCCUGGGCCGGCUGGAGGAGAGGGCCGCAGAGGUGCCCCGCUCUGCGCCCCUGAAGAACCUUCCCACGCUGCUGGCCACGGCUGCCUGUGUUCACCAGCGGCUGAGCCAGUAUGAGGCCCAUCUGAAAGACUCUGUGAGAAUGCCCCUCUCUCUGCUGCCCAUCCAGAGGUACCACGAGCUGAUGGGGACGCUCCGCGACCACCUGACGGGCUACUGCACCCGGGUGUGCGCCACCUGCAUCCUGCACGACGCCGAAAGCCACCACUGGGGCGACCCCAAGCCUUUCUAUGAGGGGGAGAGGUGCUCCUUCUCCAUCCAGAUGUGGCACUACUUCCUGUCGGGCCUGCGCAGCGACCUGUGGGCCGCGCUCCCGCCCGGGCUGGCCCAGGACGUCCUGGCCCAGGUGCUGAGCGAGACGCUGGAGAUGCUGGUGCAGAGGUACUCCCAGGCCUGCCCCAGCUACAAAAGGAGCCAACAGAUGAGGGCUGACAUCACUGCUAUUCUGCUGUGUGUGGAGCAGCUGAUGUGGAGUGUUUGUGACAGCACUGAGGCCCUGCUCAGGCCUGACCCCAGCACAAGACCCUGGGUUUACUCCAUCCACAGCUUCUGCAACCAGCUGCUGGGAGUGCUGGUGGUUGUCACGGCACCCCUGCCAACCUUCUUCAGGACUUUUCACAAAGGUGCGGGUGAUAAGUCUUCCUCAUCAACAGCAGAGAUGUCACCUAGCAACCAGGUGUCACAGUGGCUACGCCUGAUCAACCCAGCCCUGUUUUCCCAAGAGUCUGUGCGGAUAUUAACAGCAGAUGAACUGGCUGCCCAGGGUCAGCUGCAACUCAUGGCCUCUCAGCCCAGCUGUAAUUAUCAGCUGCUGCUGCAAACCCUUCUGCACUCCGAGUGCCUCCUGCCCCGAGUUCUGCUGAGCGAUUCACACGACGAGGGUUCUGACUCCUCGGGGAGCUGCCACAAUGGCGACUCAUUCAUGGAGGCCAUGUUUUCAACGCUGUCCACUCUCAACAAUGUCCCUAAGGCCCUGGCUCUCGUUCUCGAAGGCUACCUUGACUCCAGACACUUAUGGGAUCAUUUGUAUAACCUAGCAGAUCCCGGGAGGGCAGAACCUAUGGUGAUGAGAUGUAUCAGAGCUGCAGUGACCAAGCCCAUCGGUGCCAUUGUGGGGCACCUGGUUGCCAUGGUGCAGGCGACAGAGGACCGCGCCACCUCCCUGCCCGGUCACGACAUCCCAGAGAGCGUGCUCAGUAAAGUCCCCAAGGAAUGGAAUUACACACCCCGAGACUCCAAAGCGAGGGACUCUGGCAAAAGUUGCAUCAAGCUGAUGAUGCGGGCUGUGUCCUUCGUCUUCACCAACCUGCCCGCGGUGGUGGUGUCCCUGCCCCUGCCCGUGCGCUACCUGUUCCACAUGGGCGAGAAUCACCUGACCCAUAAUGCCCGGCAGCUGAGGCCCACGGGCCUGCUGCUGUGGGGCUUCCUCAGCUGCCUCUGCCAGAGCUUGGAGGACGGCAACGCCCUGGAGCGGCUUGCCGGCCGCCCGUUGGACCGGGGCAGCAGGGAUAAGCUGGCACUGCUUGGCGAGUGCCUGCAGGUGGCCAUGGGCCUGCAGAAAGGUGUCCCCAAACCCACGGUGCACAAGGUGCUCCAGAACCUGGAGGAACGUCGACCCAAGUGGUGCUCCAUCCAGCUGCAGAAGGCCCGCAAGCUGUUCUCUGAGGGCGCGUUUCAGCCGGCGGAGAGCGGCGUGGCGCUGGAGAGAGGCAGCAGCGCCCCUGAACUGACUGAGCAGAAAAUAAGCCUGAUGGUCCUGGAGAUCUGCCACAAACCAGGUGGCGGCGGGUACCUGAGGCAAAUUUAUCACAUCAUCCAACUCAAUGAGGAGCUGCUGCGGUCCAGGCUGUCCACCACGUCAGGCUCUGAAGCGGGGACCUCUUGCGGAGCUGUGAAGGUGAGCCUGGGGCCCGUCGACCCUCGCAGCCCCGGGCCAGCCUUCAACCCCUUCACUCAGUUCAAUCACAUCGGCAGCAAGGACUUUGACCAGUCAACCAUAAGUGAGUGGGACUGGGACUGGCCCCAACUGCUGCCAACUUAUCAGGGAAUGAGUCAGGUGACCUUGAGAGCCCUACUGGCGAACAGGUGGGAGAUGCAGCAUGCCGCGGCACUUGAAGAUGAAGAGAAAGCUCUGGUGGAUCUCUUGCGGAAAGCAUACUUCAACAAGAGCCCGGGAUCAUAGAGCUCUGCCGGUGUCGAGCCGGAGCCGAGAGGAGCCUCACUGCCAGACGGCGGCAAACAUCUUCAAUUAAAAAUGUGCUUGAUUUAAACCACUUCCUCCUCAACUAGCUGUUUGAGAAAGUUUGAGAAAUAGAUUCAUUUGAGGUGAGAGGAAAACAGGGUAAACAUUCAAGUAAUAGGCCUGCACUUUUCAGGGUUUAUUUUUUUGUGGUUGGUUUUGAAGGAGAACUUUGAAUAGUCAGUAUUUUGUUUGCAGCUGCUCCAAGAGACAGAAUUAAUUCAACAGUUACUGUUUUGGAAGAAUUAGUGGGAAAGGUUGUGAUAUCAGUAAAUACACCUGAAGAGGAAAAAAUA